CACGAGUUAUUUUUCUUUAAAACUUCCUUAUUUUUUUAUUUAGUUAAUUGAUGACUUUUGCAUGAAACGUAUCACUGACAAUGAGGAGGGUUUUAGUAUGUUCUGCCUUGUUGGCAGUAUGUUGCUUGUGUGAAAAAGUUAGUGUAGUUUACCCAAAAGAUUCUUAUUUAGAGGCCUAUUCAAAAUCUCAUAGUGAAAGUGGAACCAUCCAGGGUACCAAAAUUGAUAGGGAUUACAGUGUGUCUCCGCAACAAAGUUAUGGAGUUUCACAAGGAAGCAAUUAUGGCCCUCCUGUACCCGCAUAUGACCCACCUGUUCAGUCUUAUGGUCCAUCAAAUUACAAUUAUGCUCCAGCUCCAAUUCCAUUCUAUGGCCCACCUUCACAACCAUUUUAUGGCAUGCCCCAUGGAAUGCUCGGUCUCUUAGAUAAGUUUAAAUUAAAAUUGGACUUAUUUACCCUUGGAAAAAUCCUAUUAAAACUUGUGAUAUUUAAGAAAAUCGUUAGUUUAAUAGGUAUUUUAUGCUUAUUGCUUUUUAUACCUUCUUUGAAACACAAAAAAAAACAUAGCUCGAAUGAUGAAGAUGAAGAUGUUGAAAUGAGGCAAUUCAAAAGUAACAGAGGUGAAGAAAAGCUGAAUAAUGUAACCCAAUAUGUGCUGGGAGCAAUUGAAAGUUACUCCAACAAACAAAAUGAACAAUCAAAAAAUUGUAGUGGCGUUUACUGCAAAACAGAGCAAUAUUUAAAAAGGAUAAACAAAAAAAUAUCUUAUAAAAAAUUGGCAAAAUUAUAUUCCAAAGAUUUGCAAUAA